UUCUCAUGCAAAGGGCCUUAUAAAUACAAAUUAAGGAGACCCAUUAACCAGAGAAUUAACGAAUUUGGUUUCCAAAGUUUCAAUGGCUUUAAGCUUUAUGAAGCACUUGUUUUUUCACGUUGCUAUAUUCAUUCUUUUCCCAAACAGUAGCCAUGCAGCUGAUCAUCGUCUCUCAAACUCGAAAAAACAUGUGGCUCUCUUCGUAUUUGGGGAUUCACUAUUCGAUGUCGGCAACAAUAACUACAUCAACACCACCACUACGAUGCAGUCAAAUUUCUGGCCAUACGGUGAAACCUUCUUCAAUCAUCCGACUGGUAGAGCUUCUGACGGCCGCCUGAUCCCAGAUUUCAUCGCUGAGUAUGCAAAGCUUCCAUUGCUUCGACCGUACAAACAACCUGGCAACAACCAUCAAUUCAGCAAUGGGGUGAACUUUGCGUCUGGUGGAGCAGGAGCACUAGCUCAAAUUAACCAAGGAUUGGUCAUUGACCUUAAUAUGCAACUAAUCCAUUUUAAGAAUGUGAAGAAAGUGUUGGAGCAACACAUGGGUGAAACAGAAGCCAAGAAAAUAUUGUCGACAGCCGUUUACUUAUUCAGUAUUGGAAACAACGAUUACUUAUAUCCUUUCCUGACAAACUCUAAUUUUUUCCAGUUGAAUUCUCCAGAAGAUUAUGCGAAGAUGGUUAUUGGAAACAUAACAAAUGUGAUCAAAGAAAUAUAUGAGGCUGGAGGAAGGAAAUUCGCUUUUGUAAGCUUGGCCCCAUUUGAUUGUGCACCACUUGUAAGGGCGCUCAAUCCAGCUGGUGAAUGUAUGCAAGAAGUCGCGGCUCUGAUUAAACUGCACAAUACUGCCAUUUCAAAAGUCCUUAAAAAGCUAGAAAUGCAGCUACAAGGAUUCAAGUAUUCAAAUUUUGACCUCUACAAUUCUGCUACAGAAAGGAUAGAAAACCCAUCAAAAUACGGUUUCGAGGACGGGAAGGGUGCAUGCUGCGGAUCGGGACCGUACCGGGGAGUUAGAAGCUGUGGAGGGAAGAGAGGGGUGAAAGAGUUCGAGUUGUGUAGCAAUCCCAGCGAGUUUGUUUACUUUGAUGCUGGUCAUCCAACUGAAAGGCUGAACGAGCAACUUGCCCAGCAAAUGUGGAGCGCAAGUACUCCAAGCAUUGUCGGGCCUUACAAUUUGGAAGCCCUCUUCGAACAAAUGUAGAAAACCAAUACUCCAGUAUUAUGUCAUCGAUCGUAUCGUCCUAUAGCUGUAUCUUAAUUCUUAGGACAUCAUUUUGCAUAUUUCUGUUUUUGGGUAUUAGGAGACCCAAAGUCAGGUAGUGCAUGUACUUUGGAACAGAAACAG